ACUUGUGGAACUGCUAAACUCAGUUAAAAUAUCCUACUUUUGUUUAUUUCAUAUUUUGAUCAGUUGUUUGCCUGUGAAACUUUGAUAUAUACGAUCGAACUAUUUUCCCGACGCAAAUGAGAAAACUUGUACACCAACUUCAAGCGUUAACCAGGAAAGCGUUCAGUAAGAAAUACCUUCUACUCACAAACGUGGGAAUCUCCGUCAGUUUAUCAGGAGUUGGUGAUAUAAUGGAGCAGCAUUACGAAAUCUAUACCAACAAUUUGAAUUGCUGGGACCGACAGCGAACUCGGCACAUGUCUAUCUCGGGAAUGACGGUCGGAAUCUUUUGCCAUAAUUGGUAUAAUUUAAUGGAUCGUGCUUUCCCUGGCCGAACGUUGCAAAUCGUGUUGAAAAAGGUUCUAAUUGAUCAAACGAUUGCUUCUCCCGUAGUUAUUUUCAUAUUUUUUGCAACAUUAGCGAUAUUACGAAAAGCUACAUGGAAAGAAACUGUUUUGGAAAUGGAGGAAAAGUUCAUUAGGCUUUAUACUGCGGAAUGGAUAGUCUGGCCUCCCGCGCAAAUAGUAAAUUUUUAUUUGUUGCCUAAUAAAUAUCGCGUAUUGUAUGACAAUACUAUCUCGCUCGGAUACGAUGUUUAUACCAGCUAUGUGAUAAACGAGAAAACUAACGAUGGAAUAAAUAUCAGCUGACGCAAUUUUGUCGGAGCAUUAAUUUAGAGAACAAAAUUAUGCCAGAAUCGUGAAAAAAAUCAAUGUAUUCAGAGCAGUUGGAAUCAGGCACAGAUUAGACCAAAGAAUAAAAAUGUAAAAACCAAUAGAAAUAUAGAAUCUAGUACAAAUUGAUACACAGUUUAUUCGUAUGUUGUCGUUUUCACUACUAGAAUAUUGCCUGCUGAAUAUUAUACACAUCUAGGUUUGUUUAGGUCAAUUUGAUUAGACGUCAAACUGUUUUCGAAGGAACUACAACUGCUAAAAUACAUUGAAAUUAAUUAGGAUUUCAAAUUGUUGUACAAAAUGUGAUUAAAGUUAGCAAAUAUCAUAUAAUCAAA